CCAUAAUGGUAUCCUGCCUUGUCAUGAAUUGGAUAAUUCCCCCAUGACUAGUUGAUGGGCAGUGGAUUGCUCAGUGGGAGGAAAGGGGUCUGGAGUCAGUCCUGUGAACUUUGUUCUCUCAUUUGCAAAAUGAUGUUGUGAACAUCUGGCUCACACAUGGAGCGUGACACUUGGCUUGGAGUCUUAUAAAUGUUUUCAGAUCCUUGAAUGGCUGUUGCUGAAAUGUGAAGGAUCAUCAUUAAUGAAAUAUGCAAUAACACUGACGGAGCAUUUGUGUUUGCUGCAAUUUGUAACUAUGUUCUAACACUUGUUAACGAAUGCUAUUGUGGGCUGCAGUGUGACCAAGGAUAAACUUGUGACUUGAGGAUAAACAUGACCAAGUGUUUGUUCCUGGGUUGUGCUACUAUUUAUCACUGCAGGUGUUGAAACACAUCAUUUUGUGCAGCAAGGCUUUAAAUGGGUGAAUAGGGUAAGAGAGGAGACUUAGCUACUGCUCCUUCCUUUGUGUUUUUUUUCCAUCUGCUCUGCUUACAUGGAAUACAGGCAAAUGCCACAAUUGGUUGAUCAAAGAUCUACUGUGUUGGAGAGCUGAAUAUCCAUAUGACUUUAGAAGAAUCUUGUCGGUUGGCUGGGCAUUGGCUUUAGACAGUGCAGCUCGUGGUAGUGAAGGUAUACCCAUCAAGAGGCCUGAAGAAGAAGCAAAUGUUUACACAUAAGCUGAAGUUGAAGGAAUAGAGCUAAGAUUAGUCAAAUAAAGGCAGUGGGAAGCUGGCAUGGAUGAGUAGGGGGCCCCUAAGUAAACUUAGCAUAAAAGUGAAGUGUAGAAGCAAGACAUGCAGAAGCGGGUGACCCAGGAGCUGCUGGGCUAGGAUUAGAAAAGCCAAGGCUGACCUUGAGUUGAAUAUGGUAUGAAAUGUGAAGUGUGACCAGAAAGGAUUGUGUAAGUGCAUAUACAGAAAAAGGAAGACGAGAGAAAAUGCUAACUAGCUGCUGAAUGUUGCUGGUGACCUGCUGACAAAUUGCCUGAAAAACACUGAGAUAGCCAUUGCCUUCAUUGCUUGAGUCUUUACCAGUAAGACCAGCCUUCAGCAAUCCAAAGCCACUAAGACCAGGGAGAAGACUUGAGCAAGGAAGACCUACCCAACAGUUAGGGAUCAGCUAAGUCCCACAAAGUUCCACAAAUGCUAAAAAAAUGGUCCAUUUUUCAUACAAAGAGACGUUGAGGAGGUGGUUCUGUUCAGCCUGGAGAAGAAAAGCCACAAGUGGAUUUUAUCUGUAUGUAUAAAUACCUGAUGGCAGGUUAAUGAAGGAGAGCGAGGCAGCGCUUCUCAGUAAUGCCUCGUGACAGGGCAAGAGGUGAUGGGCUCAAAAUGAAACACCAUUCCCUCUGAACAUCAGGAAGCACUUCUCUACUAUGUGACAGUACUGUGUGAGUGAUCAAGUACUGGCAGAGAUUGCCCAGACAGGUUGUGAAGUCUCCGUCCUUGGAGACUGCCAAAAGACAACAGCUAUGUCCUGGGCCACUGGUUGUGUUUGGCUGUGCUUUGAGCAGGGGAUUUAGACCAGAUGAUAUCAGUAAGUCCCUUCCAAUCUCAAUGAUUCUGUGAUUCUGUUGUUCCAUUGUGAGGUCCCUACUCCCUCAUAAGUUGGAAUGGGCUCAUGAGCAGGCUCUGUUCUGCCAUACCUUCUCAAGCCUUCUUGCAACUUCUCUGCAUGUGGAGCUGACUGUACUGCUGCAAUCUGCUGUCCCUCCCAAACUGAAGAAACUGAAAAGCCCAAACGUGCACGUUGGUGAAAAGAUCUCACUGAAAUGUGAGGCGACUGCUGGCAACCCUCAGCCAUCCUACAAAUGGUUUAAAGAUGGCAAAGAGCUGAAGAAGAGCAAAGACAUCCGGAUCAAGUAUGGGAAUGGGAAAAAAAUUUCCAGACUGCAGUUCAACAAGGUGAAGCUGGAAGAUGCUGGGGAGUACAGCUGUGAAGCGGAGAACGUUUUAGGGAAAGACACCGCAAAAGGCAGCCUGAAUGUGAGAAGUGUAACCACAACUCUCUCCUCCUGGUCUGGGCAUGCUAGAAAAUGCAACGAAACAGCCAAGUCCUAUUGUGUCAAUGGAGGAGUAUGCUACUACAUCGAAGGGAUUAAUCAGCUGUCUUGCAAAGGCAGAGGAGCUCUACCAGAAAAGAGUUUUAACCAUCACAGGAAUCUGUGUUGCCUUGCUUGUGGUGGGCAUCGUCUGUGUGGUAGCUUACUGUAAAACCAAGAAGCAAAGAAAACAGAUGCAUAAUCAUUUACGACAGAACAUGUGUCAUGCCCAUCAGAACAGGAGCCUUGCAAAUGGGCCAAGCCAUCCGCGUUUGGAUCCGGAGGAAAUCCAAAUGGCUGAUUAUAUUUCUAAGAACGUUUCUGCCACUGAACACGUGAUCCGGAGGGAAACAGAGACAACCUUUUCGGGAAGUCACUCCUGCUCACCGUCACAUCACUGCUCCACAGCCACUCCAACAUCCAGCCAGAGACACGAAAGCCACACCUGGAGCCUGGAGCGGACGGAGAGCCUGACUUCUGAUUCCCAGUCCGGGAUCAUGCUGUCCUCGGUGGGAACCAGUAAAUGCAACAGCCCUGCUUGUGUGGAGGCACGGGCCCGCCGUGGGGCUGCCUUCUGCAUUGAGGACUCGCGGCGGCCCACGACGCAGUACCGCGACUCAGUGGACUCACUGCGGGACUCACCGCACAGCGAGAGGUACGUGUCGGCCCUGACCACACCAGCACGCCUGUCGCCUGUCGACUUCCACUACUCGAUGGCGGCGCAGGUGCCCACCUUCGAGAUCACCUCCCCCAACUCCGCGCACGCCGUCUCCCUGCCGCCAGCAGCCCCCAUCAGCUUCCGCGUGGAGGAGCAGCAGCCCCUGCUGCGGCGGUACCAGCUGCCCUUCCAGGACACGCAGCGCUACGACAGCUACUACCAAAGGAAGACCUACCUGAACGACAGCAUGGGGAGCCUGCCCUCCAGCCCCUUCCGCAUCACGGAGGACGACGAAUACGAGACGACGCAAGAGUACGUCACAGCGCUAGAGCAGCCAAAGAAAACAGCCAGCAGCAACAGGCGGUGGAAAAAGUCCAAACUGAACGGGCACGUCCCCCACAGAGCCAGAGCUGUCCGGGACUCCUUCUCCUUCAGCAGCGCCUCUUACAGCGAGUCUGAUGAGGAGCUGGUGGCCGAGAGCACGCCCUUCCUAAGCACUCAGAACAAUGAGGCGACAAACACAGAGUCGCCGCCGCUCCACCGGCCGGGCGACAGCCGGACUCAGCACCCCUACAGCCGGCACAGCGCCCACGGGGGCAGCGGGCGCAGCAGCCUGGCGCACACGACGCCCAAACGGGAGCCCGACCCCCUCUAGGCGCCCGGCAGACGCACCGCACGGGGGAGGCGGCGGAGGAAGGCGGAACAAACACGAGACAAAAAUAAAUAUUUUUAUUUUAUA